CUCUCUUCUCCCUCAACAAGUCCACCGGAACGUCUUUUCUCGAUUCUCAGGUAUCCCAAAACGAGCCAUGGUUUUCACGUCGCCGGAAUCCCCGAAGCGCCACGCCAACGCCUUCCUCGAGGGGGUGUCGGCUGUCAUGGCGCUGUUAGCCAGGCGAGCGAACCGGCUGAAGCAGAAGAUGAAGACGCCGGCGAGCGACGCCGACUGGGCCAUCGAGUUGAGGUCAUCGCCGAAGAAGUCGCCCCUGGCCAAGCCCAAGAAGCUUCUGAGCAGCAUAAGCAACAAAGCGCUGCCCUUUGGUCACAACAAGAAGAAGCUGAAAGGAGGCGAUCACGGGGUAGAAUCUAGCGAGGAGGAGUGGGGGGACGGCGGGGUGUGGCAGAAGGCGAUUCUGAUGGGUGACAAAUGUCAGCCGUUGGAUUUUUCCGGCGUAAUUUACUACGACAGUAACGGGAAGCAGAUGAACGAGAUCCCUCUCAGGUCGCCACGCGCCAGUCCCUUGCCUGGUUAUCUCAAUUUGCAUCGGGAACAUAGGCCCUGAGUAUAGGCGCACACACUUGCCACCACCGGAGCGUGAGGAUUCUCGCGGGAGAGGGCGGAAACGUUCCCGUAGAAGCAAUCUGAGCCGUCCGAGAAAUCUACGACAGAGUAAAAUUACGUGUCUAUCACCUCAAAACCUGCUGAUCCCUGCCUUCCUUCUCAGCCUGUGCUGUGUACCACUCCGAUCGCGACAUGUGGCAGGUAAAGGACACGUGGCUUCUGAUAAGCCGUGGUUUUCUUGAACGGACAAGAUUUCUUCUGACGAUUGUCGUUGCUCCCUUACCAAAGGGCACACUUUCACGCGCCGAUAUUAGGAAGGAAAUUUCGCGCUAGAGUUUUAUGGCACGGGAGUUCAUGUUCCCACGUGUCGUUAUUUUUUCUUUCUUCUUCUUUAAUUUUCGAAUAUUAGUAAUACCAUCCGUUGUUUGCUCGUUUUAUCAGUGGAAAAUUUGCAUAGAGUAUGUGAAUGUGAGAAACUGGUUAGUUUGUUCA